AUGAAAACUAACGAUUGUAGACUAGAGGAUGUUGAUGACGAGGAACCUUAUGACGAUACUUUAGACGAUUGUUUGCCGAGCUCGUCCAAGAAAAUUUGUCGCCCAAUUCAAUCAAAUACUGGAGUACCACUUCCACCAGCUAACAAAGACAGCAAAUAUACUUGGCAAACCGCUAAUUCAUUACCAGUCCUUCCCAUAUUCCCUGAAACAAAUUUCGAAGAUUGUCGGGAUCUUAGACCUCAUCAACUUUUUGAGAAAUUUUUCAGCGAUGACUUGCUUGAACAUAUAUGCAAAUGUUCGAAUUUGUACGCUACGCAUCAUCAGAAACGAUACGAAGAACUUACUAUAGAUGAGUUACGUGUGUUCAUCGCAAUUUUGAUAGUAACUGGCUACACUUCUACAGGAGCCUUUCGAGACAUGUGGAGCUGCGAUGAUGACGUUCAAAACGUUAUGGUCUUCAAUGCUAUGCGAAGGAACCGCUUUGAGGAAAUCAACUAUAUGCUGCACUUCGAGUCCGCAUUGCACGAACCGUCUGCUAGUUCUGACAGGUUUGACACUCUUUGGAAACUACGCCCACUGACUGACCAUAUAAAGGCCAAAAUGACUGAAAACUUUCACCCAGAACAAAAUCUCUCAUAUGACGAAAGUAUGAUUGCAUAUUUCGGUCGCCAUGGAUGUAAACAGUUCAUAAAAGGAAAGCCAAUUCGUUUCGGAUACAAAGCUUGGUCUCUUUGCACUCCUAGAGGAUAUAUGAUCAAUUUUGAAAUAUACCAAGGUAAGAAUCCGAGGGUGAAUCCUAAAUAUGAAGAACGCUUUGGCACUUGCGCAGCUCCACUCUUGUGUAUGAUUGACGAAUUUUCGGAAGAGGUGCAAGGACUUCCGUUAUCCUUUUACUUUGACAAUCUUUUCACUGGAAUACCAUUGAUGAUUUAUUUGAAAAAAAGAGGUUUCCAGGCUACCGGUACAAUUCGAGAAAACCGAAUUCCAAAAAGUUGUCCUAUUCCACAUAAGAAGGAUUUGCGUAAACAGCAAAGAGGAUAUUACGAAAGCGUGGAAAUCAAAGAAGAGUCAAUUUAUCUGACUAAAUGGGUAGAUAACUCGGUAGUCUGCCUUGCAUCAACAUGUUUUAGUGGCGAACCAAAAUCCACAGCAUCUCGCUACAGUAGAGAAUUGCGUAGGAAAAUACCAGUUCCACGUCCGUGCGUUGUAACUCAAUACAACAAAUUUAUGUCGGGUGUGGAUCGAUUUGACCAAAAUGUUGCAGGCCACCGAAUAACCUUUAGAGGAAAAAAAUGGUGGCAUUCCAUUUUUACUUGGCUUAUUGAUGCAAGCUUGCAAAACAGCUGGCUUCUUUAUAAAUCCGCUAAUGAAAAUAAGUCAUUUAAAGAUUUUAAGAGAGAAGUAGCAAUUUACUAUUGCAAGCACUACGGCGUCGAACUGAAAAAGUUCCAAAAACCUCAAAUAAACGAAUUGAAUCCGUAA